AUGACAAGUGAAAUCGAGAAUGAGGUACCUUUGGUGGCGAGCAUACUUCUUGCCUGCAAAGCUUUCAUCAUCUUCCUUAGCGAGUCUCCAUUGAUGUCAGUGCUCGUUGAGUUGAUUGAGAAAAUGCUUUUACUGGUUGGAGCAACAGACAGCUUUGUCCCUUCAGCUCUCGAUACCUCCCGAUCAAUCGUUAUCAUUUCUUUAACGCUCCUAUCAUAUUACCUCUUCUUUGGAAAGCGACACUCUCGCAAACGUCAUCGGUUGGCUACGGAGUUGCAGGUGGCUCGGGAGAAGCUACAUUACCUCCAAGAACAAGUUCUCAGAGAUGAAUCGGGCAGUACCAACGAGGUUCGUAUCUUUCUUGACGGAGCUUUUGAUAUGAUGCACUAUGGCCACAUGAAUGCAUUCCGCCUCGCAAAAUCAUUAGGAACGCACCUGAUUGUAGGAGUCAACUCUGACAAGUCCAUUACAAGUUGCAAGGGGAAACCGCUCAUGAAUGAUGAUGAAAGACAUACGAUGGUUUCAGCGUGCAAAUUUGUCAAUGAAGUAGUUCCUGACUGUCCCUACAUCAUGAACAAGGAAUAUCUUGACUAUGUUAUUGAUAAAUACUCCAUUGAUUAUGUUGUCCAUGGAGAUGACCCGUGCUUUGUCGAUGGCAAGGAUGUAUAUGCAGCGGCAAAGGCUGCUGGAAAGUUUAGGACAAUCCCACGUACCGAAGGCGUUUCGACUACAGAUAUAGUUGGUAGAAUGCUGCUGCUCACGAAGGAACACCACCUUCAUGGUGGUCUGGGUAGCCAGUCAAAGUUCUUGACGACAAGCAGAAUGCUAAAGUUGUUCAGUGCUGACGUGCAGCCACCUACAAAAGAUAUGCGGGUGAUCUAUAUUGAUGGCGCUUGGGACUUGUUUCAUCCGGGCCACGUUGCCAUCUUAAAGGCGGCAAAAUCGAGGGGGGAUUAUUUGAUUGUUGGAAUCCACGGUGAUGGAGUUGUCAACCGACAAAUGGGGGCCAAUUUUCCUUUGUUGAAUUUGCACGAAAGAGUCUUAAGCGUCCUUGGAUGUCGCUUUGUUGACGAUGUGCUGAUCGAUGCCCCAUACACUGUAACCCACGAGAUGAUUGCGUCUUUGAACAUUUCUGAAGUCGUUCAAGGCACUGUGUACGAUGACAUUGGAAGCGACAGGAAUGAUGAUAGCAGGUACAAAGACGCAAAUGAUGCCGGGCUGCUCUCGGUUCUUCAAAGUCCUUGUGACUUCAGGCUAGAGAACAUCGUGCACAGAAUUCAGGAUAACCAGGAAACGUUCCAGGCUAGGUUCAAGCGCAAAACGGAAGCAGAGAAUGAUCACUACAAGGAUAAAUAUGGACACAACUCUGCGAACAGCACAUCGGGCAAAAUUGACAAAUAUCAUUGA